AAUGUCGCGUGUUCUAGCGCAAGAACUUGCGGCGGAUCGUUUUACGCGAGAAGCACGUGACGCGAGGACAAUCGCAUCGAUGUCGACAGCGAGGGCGGCGCAUUGACGCGUUAACAAACGUGACAUCGCAAAAGACAAAACGAGCGAUCGCGCGAUCAGUCGCAGCGCCCGUUCCCCACGACAUAUGUAUAGAGCCGCGCGACCAUCGCGGUCUGGGUUCGAGGCUAACGCGUAUAAAAACGUCCAUAUACCGCGGAUUACCGGCAGUCAUUGCGACGGCAGUCUUUCUCCGACGUGAUAUGCGGGGCGCCGCGUCGCGCGUCGCCGUCGUCGUUAUCGUCGCCGUCGUGGACUACGAUUAAUUGCUCGUAGCUCGCUCUCGGGGUCUCCGCUCGGGGAGGAGGAUGCCGGUGAAAGUCGACGUGGUGCCGCCGCCGCCCGCAAAUUCCAAGCAGCCGGGUGUCACGAAAUCCCUCCUCUACAACGGCUCGCGCUUCCAGGGUUCGCAAAAGUCCAAAGGCAACAGCUACGACGUAGAGGUGGUUUUGCAGCACGUGGACGAGGAGAACAGUUACCUCUGCGGCUACCUAAAGAUCAAGGGUCUCACAGAAGAGUUCCCGACGCUGACAACCUUCUUCGACGGCGAGAUCAUCUCCAAAAAAUAUCCGUUUCUCACCCGCAAGUGGGACGCUGACGAGGAUGUUGACAAGAAGCACUGGAGUAAGUUCGAGUCGUUCUGUCAGUAUGCCAAAUCAUUCAAUUCCGACACGUUCGAUUAUGAGGCUUUAAAGGGGACCGACUUUGUAUUUAUGAGGUGGAAAGAACACUUUCUGGUUCCUGACCACACGAUCAAAGAUAUCAACGGUGCCUCCUUCGCGGGAUUCUACUAUAUUUGCUUCCAAAAAUCAGCUGCCUCGAUAGAGGGCUUUUAUUAUCAUCGUAGUUCUGAAUGGUAUCAGUCGUUGAAUCUGAGACAUGUGCCGGAACAUAGUAUACAAAUUUACGAGUUCAGGUGAAGUCGAUACUCUCACUGAGAAAUCUCGAUAUUCAAGUCUUUUCCCUCGUAGCACACAGAUCUCAUAACAAUUUGGCGUACAAAUUUAAUUAGAAUUUUCGUAUUCGUGUUUGUUAAUCAUGACACUGCAGUAACGAGACUAUGAUGAAAUAGUGGAGUUCGAUGAACCAAAUGACGUUAUAUAAUCUGUAUGGUAUUCACCAUAUAAUUAUUACCAUAUUGUUCCCUCUUAGUCAAUCAUUAAACAGAGCAUCGUAAAGAUAAUGAAGAUUGUGAAGUGCUUAAUAAAUGAUAUAUCAAUUACAGAUUAUCUUCGUAUUGUCCGUAAAUUGUGAUUUUUGUCAAAAUAAAUUAAUUGAUGCCUCUUAUUAUUUUAAAUUAUUUACAUUCGUUACGCGUGUGAUAUUGCAGAAGAGUUUUAAUAUAAUUGUGCAUGAUUCGAAUAUAGACAUUCAAUAAUUACAAAUUAUCGAUUUCUUUCCUUUUUAUUAUCUAAACGAUAUAUACGAAUUGUAUGCACUAAUUAUGCGCGUGACAACGUAGAUUCUAAAAUUGUGAAAAAUUAUAUUUAAAAAAAAAUUUACAUAAUUAUAUACAAAAGGACUAUGCUAUUUACAGAGAGGUAACAUUUUUUUAAUUCUGUAUUAGUUUAAAUAUUCAUGAGAUCUGUCUGCUAUAUUAUAAAAGAUCAUAUGUAAUUGUUGGUCGAAUGAGAUAUAUGUAUAUCAUAAAGGAAAAGAAAAGCUAAUCAUGAAAGUUAUAAAAAAAACAAAAUAAUUAAGCGUCUUGAAAUAUCGAGGUUUGACCUGUACAUUUUAUGUUGGAAAUAUAUUUAUUUUAUGCAGUCGAACUUUGUCGGACUCUAAUAAUAUUUUAUACAUACAUGCAUACAUACAUAUAUACAUAGAGUAUGUGUGUAUGUAUAUGUGUGUGUGUAUGUACACACACAUACACACACACAUAUACAUACACACACUCGAUUUUAAGACUAGGUAUUAGACACAUGUUGGGGCUGUUUGUAAAACUUGUCUUCAUGUUUCGAUUGAGUGUUAAUUAAAUAUUGAUUCUCUUAGGAAAAUAGUAUGUUGUUGUGAUAAGCAUUAUUAUAAUACCCAUAUAUACGGAUGUAUAUAAGUUUACGAAUUGUAAUAACUAAUAUAUAGCUUAUUAAGAAAGCUUUGGAAGUUGUACAUUGGCGCAUUGCAACUUUAAUUUAUGCGUGAGAUUUACAAAACUACACGCGAUAACCCAGUGAUAUUGAUAUUUUAGAGGAACGGUAUAUGCUGCACUAUAUCAUUUCCGAGAUUUUAUGUUUAUUAGUUAAGUGCUAAUACUUUCGUUCUUUGAUACUUGUGCUAAUAUCAAAAUACUCAGAAAGUAAUAGAGGAGUAAAUAUGCUUUUUACAAGGGAGCGCAUAUCGAUUCGAUAAGUUUACGUAGCGAACAGUCACAUUUGGAUAUUGGAAAACGUAGAGAGAGUAUAUACGUAAAAUAUAUAUUUAAUAUAACAUUAGAUACUUUAAAAUAUACAGACACAUUGUUAAAUAUGUUAAGUCGAUCUUUAUUACAAAAUGAUCUACUGUUACUAUGUUUUUAUUUCUAAGCUGUACAUUGUUGUGCACGUGUUUCUUUAAGAGGUAUAUUUUUGUGUUAUCAGUUAUUGAUAUCGGCUAUAAACGCGUGCAAAAUUUCACAUAUCAAUAUAUAAUUUGCAAUACGUUAUAUUUUUCUUUGUAGGUUGCGAAAAAAAAUAAUUCGUUUUAAGCGCUAAAUCUAAUCCUAGAAUUCAUUUUAGCAACUUUUUGUGUAACAAGAAAUAUAAAACUUAUUAAUGAAUUGAUUCUGCGGAAAUUUUCGAGGGGAUUGUUUGAAUCUUUAUUGGGAUUAAUAUACGUUCAGACAUAACAAAUUUAUUUUCACGAUUCGACCGUACGUGCUUUAACUAAAGAACACGAUAUACAGUAAUUAUAAAUGAAUGUAAAUCAGUCAACGAUCACACAACUCAUCAUUACAUUGUAAUUCUGAAUCUUACACCGUGAUUAGAAUCACUGUAGCUUAGGAUGUAUCGAUUAGUGAAAAUUACAGUGCUCAGAUCGACAAGAAAGUAACAUCCAUAAUAUGUUAUCAUCGCAAAUUCCAACAAUUAAAUUUAAUAAGAAAUUCGAUCAAACCAAAAGUUUGAUUUAAUUAAGCAUAAUAGUUAAAAUUAGAAACAUAUUUGUGUACAGCAAAAAAAAGAAGAAGCGUGUGAAGCGGAAUGAUCUAAUCGCAUGAAACGGAAUUCCUUAUCUUUAUUCUUGGCGCGAAAUAAAAUUUUGCUGUUAACACACACGAAGCUAACAUUUUACUAUUAAAUUAGAAACAUUUUGUGUCAAACGG